UCCACGACCUCUGCACCAUCGCUUCUACCUUCGCCCCCUCUUACAGCUUCACCGUUCGACCGACGAGCGUCUCCCCGCGGCAGCCCGCGCAUUGCUCCCAUCGGCAUUGGCGCUUCGCCCAAUCGCCGCAGCAUCCACCGCACCUCCUCACCUGGACUGCACUCGCCAGCAUCUUCGCAAAUCUUCGAGCGCAAUGUGCAGGAGCCUGAGCUAUCGCCGGCGAUUCCCAACCAUGUCAAGACCGAAGACAUGAUACCGCCUGCGCUGGAUGCGUCUGCGUUAGCCAUCACAGACGACCACCUCAACCCAGAGAAGGUGGAGAUUGUCACGCACUCGGCCCAUCAGCCUGCUGCUGCGACAGUCUCUGCCAGCAUGGCUGACUCGGUGUACUCGCCGUCGCUGGCAGCCGAGGACUCGGUUGUGUGUGGACAUAGUGGUGUCACUGAGACGACAGAAGCCACGCCCAACUAUGGGUCGCUGGAUACAGAAGACGUGAAGCGCCUUAGCUUCAUUUCUUUUGCAGAUGUUGUGCAGGCAGAGCACGUGGAGAACGACAGGGAGUCAUUUGGCCCGGCAGAGGGCAUCCAGUUCAUGAGCCUGAACUCGACCUCAGCCAACCGCUCGCCAUCUCCCGUGCGAUCACCACUGUCAUCCCAGGGUCGCACAGCAUCCCCUCCAACCAGCGGUGCACCCUCAGAGCAGGGCGUAGAGCACGCCCGCACACGCUCACCCGGCAGCCCAUCGGCAUCGCACGUUGCACACAACGCCCCCAUGAACGAAGAGCUGCCUCUGCAGGUCGAGACGAUGCGGCAGGCUAUGUGCAAGCCAGGCACCGCCGGAGCCACACCACCGCAGUCGCAGCCACUCAGUCCUGUGAGCGUGGAGGAC